GAUGUUAUCUAAUCCUCCGCAGUUUAAAAACACACAAAUUCAACCGAAAGCUCCAAAAUCUCCAAAACCCACAAGCCAAAAGUUAGGAGCAGAAAUGGAGAUCUCAUCUUUAACUCUAUCCACUCCAAGAUUUCCACCUUCAGUUCCUUUCUCUUCAUCCCAGUCCACCUUUUUGACCAACAAUGGCGGCACCAAUUUGUUCAUGACCAAAAACAAGGUCAACAGCAGGGGUUUGGUUGGGGGCAGGAGCAGAAUCAGAACCAGAACUGAAAGAGCCAAGAAGGGUCUCACUUGUAAUGCUUUGUUUGGUCUUGGGGUGCCUGAGCUUGCUGUUAUUGCUGGGGUGGCUGCUCUGGUUUUUGGACCCAAGAAGUUACCUGAAGUGGGCAAGAGUUUAGGGAAGACUAUCAAGAGCUUCCAACAGGCUGCAAAGGAGUUUGAGACAGAACUUAAAAAAGAACCUGAGCCUAAUACAGAGGUUCUCACUGAUGAACCUACCACGGUGAGUGAAGAACAAAAACCAGAAGUCAAGGUCCCAAGCUCCCAGGAAAAAGUAUGAGGUUGUAGGAAUCACUCAUUUGACACAUUAUUAAUUUUGUUGUUGUGAUACAAGUUUAGAACAAGAUUUUUUCAAUGUAGAUCAGUUAUGCAGAAAAUUUACUUC